CUAUAUAUAUAUAUAUAUAUAAACUAACUAAUACCCUUAGACACAAAACGCGGCUCCAUUUCGGUCUUCAUUUUAAGGGCGGCCGAAACUCAAUCUCUCUAUCUCUCUCCUCCUAAUUUCCACCAAUGUGUCCUACGGGCACAUCCAUCAAUUCCUCCUCCGGCUACCGAUCAGCCUUCGACGUCCUUGACGCCGAUCACGACGGCAAGAUAAGCUCCGACGAUCUCCGCAAAUUCACCAAAAACGAAUUUGUGGGGGAGAUGAUUUCGGUGGCUGACGAGAACAAGGAUGGGUUCGUAGAGUACGAGGAGUUCGAGAAGGUUGUUGUUAUUGGUAGAGAGAGAAACGGGAGAUCUGCGGUUAUGGAGGAAGUUUUUGGAUUGAUUGAUAGGGAUGGAGAUGGAAAAGUUGGGAAUGAAGAUCUUAAGAGUUAUUUGAAAUUGACUGGUUUUGAUUUGGGAGAGGAUGAAAUUAAGGCCAUGAUUAAAUUGGGCGGAGGAAAUGAUAUAAAUGGCGUUACCUUUGAUGGGUUCAUGAAGAUCCUGGCUUUGUGAAUUUUGACGAUGACGACGAUAAAUUCAGUAACCGAUGGAGAACGGUCAAGCUGUUGCCCUGUUUUUAUUAAUAAUGCUUUGUUUGUUUCCGAGUACCAUUCUUGACUUAUCAAUCAUUUUUUAUUUAUUUAUUUUCAUGUUCUAUUAA